AUGCCUGCUUCUUUUAUACAGUUGUUGUCAGAGACACCAUCAAAUGUCGAGAGAUGUGGACCAGCUAUUUCCUCGCAUGUCCAUCCAAAUUGGCAACAGGCCAUCAAAACCCUGGACCAUCUUCAUGCUGAAAUCCACCAGUUGUACCAUCCGGAACCAACGACAACAUUCCUGGAGAACAUUUGGGACUACAGGGGCCUUGCCUUGGAAUCCCCAGUCCAGUUGUCCGGCCACAAUUCCCCCCACAUCUUCAAGUUCAAACUGGUGGAGGAGGAGGUCAAGCUAUUCUACAAAGAGUGGCCAAUGGAGCGGUCAGACUACAAGUGUGUGGACAUAACCAACCUGGCAGGGGCUUUCAGAGGCGAACCUCUGCCAAUUGGAACCAUGCCAGAGAAGGGGAGGAAAGCAUUUAGCAGCAUGGAAGCAGACCCUCGGAAGUGGGAGAAGAGUGGGAGUAUGUCUCCAGAGGAGAAAAACUGGUGGACUGGCCACUUACAUGGACAGUUUCAAUAUCACCAACCCAACAUAACAACGCUGAGUGCCUUCAGGGAGCAUCUGAGGCUGGUUCCCACUGAGGAAAUGGUCCCUCAGCUGUGGCGGAAGCCAUCUACAGACACAUGACAAGUCUGACACAGGAGUCAACAAUUCGAACAGUGAGACAAAGAAUAAGACCUUAAUUUACUUGAUGGAAUUGUUGGUUUAAGUGACAAAAGUCAGCAUCUGAGAUUCAAUGUAAAUGUCGAGUUUGAAAUGGUGAAAGAGUGUUAAUUCGGG